GCAUCGUGGAAGUUUGUCCGUUCCAAGUGGAGCACAUGCAAAUGUACAUCGACAGCUUCCAUCGGGUGGCCAAAUCCAGUCAAGAGCUUGCUCUGUCCUUUCUGGACUCUGUCUCGACCCAUCUGGCCCUCCAGCCCCACUCGCCCGCUCGUCAGGCAUUCCGUGAGCAGCUCAUAGUCGCAAGGCUCUAUCAACUAUCCAACUCGCCCAUUCGGAACGCCGACGAAGCCUCGAACCUGAUCCAGCAGGCGCUCUCAGCAGGCGAACUCGAGAUGAGCGACUCGCUCUCAUGGACUUGCCAGUCCAUCCUCUGGCAUGGCGGAUGCAAGGCUUUCGACGCUACCAGAUACGAGGAAGCCCUGGUCUGGUUUGUCGCAGGGACGCAGUUGAUGGCUAGCCAGGAUCCCGGCCAAAUCAAGAAUUCAUGGGCUCUGCACAUGAAGAUCGCUCAGUCCCACUUCCAUCUGGACAAGUUGGCAGUCGCCCUCGAGACUCUAUCGAAAGCCGAAUCGAUUCUCGCGGACCAGAUCGAGACCAGGUUCUGGACUCUCAAGACCGCCAUCCGGUUGCCCAAUUUAUCCGAGGAAGCAAUUUCAAAGGAGUUCCAGGCUAUCUUGGAUGCUGGCCAGAUGGAUGUGUACAUGCUGGCCCUUCGUGAGUCGUUUUUGGCCAACAGCAGGACUGCUCUCAAGACUGGCCUGAGGCUGUUUGCGCUCACCAAGAAUCACGGCUGGAUGAAAGCUCAUGCGAACGAGUUUGCUGUCGCUGUCCGCUGUCUGAUUGAAUUGGAGUCUCAGGCACUUGUGAACGGUUCUUUGGAGCCCAGGCCAGCUCCGCAGACCAGAGACGCAAUCUACAGGAGCCUCAGCAAGUACAUCCGCCAAGCCUUUCUGAUUCUGUCUGCCGGUGACGGUCAAGACCCAAUGCCCCUGCAGAGCGAAUUGCAAUGGUUGAGACAAAAGACUUGGAACAUCUCGGUUUCAGCAAUGGCAGAUCGAGAACUUGACUCGCCGGUCACCGUUGCAGAGCUGUUCGGUGUUACCGCCGAGAUCAUGUCCUCCGCCAAAGGCUCUGGGGAUGACGACCAAGCAAAAUUGAUACUCUGCCGGUAUCUGGAGACAGUGAUGCUCACUCGCCACGGUCUCCAGGCAACGGAUGUGCCCACCCUCCAGAGGGCACUGGAGCGCAUCCAGAGACUCUAUUCGGACCACCCGGUGGAUAGGCUCCGAACCGUCGCCAGCGGAGAGAGCGAGCCCAUUGAUGUGGCCCAAGAGCUGCUCAUUUUGGAGUUUCACAUACGAGCCCACCAGGGGAGCUGGACAGAUCUGCCCGAGGUCAUCAAGAGGAGCGACAGCUCGAUCUCGAAGGAUUCAAAGCAUUGGUCAACAUCGUGCUCCAAUACGAAGGUUGUCCCUCUGGAGCUCAAGAGCCAUGAUCCCAGCUUCGAUCUGGAUGAGUUUCUCCAGUGGCCCGCGAGCUCCUGAGGGUCUCUACCAGCCUGCAGCCCUCCGAGAGGAUCUCUAGCAAUCAUGUUCUUUGGCUGACGACGACAUCGUGGUGGCGUUGGACAGCUCG